AUGAACAGCCAGCCACACCUCGCUCCGAUUCACCACCCCGGCUCGAUCCAAUUCCGCUAUGAACGGCCCGGCCAAGACCGUGAGAGAGGCCGUCAGCGACGCAAUUCCAAGCACCAAGUGCGCCUGCGUCGGACGAUACCGUCAGAUGGUACUUCUGAUCCUCACGUGCAAGACUACUAUCCCAUGGACCACGCCAUGAUCACCACUCCGCCGGCCUCGCCCGUGAGGGAGUCUAUUCCGGUGUUCAUGGACACGCGAAAUCGAGUCUCGGGUCCAGCGCCAGCACUGACAAAUUCCCCGUUCCAAACACCCUCUCUCAAAAUAACGACAACAACAACAACAACAACUCACAUCCACUCUCCACCUCCUUCACCCUCGUCAUACCAGCAACACCUAACUCCCCAAACCCCAACCUCAACUCGAACCCCAACAACCCCCAGCCACCACCAGACCCAGACCUCCUCAUCACCCAAAGGCCAGCCCCAACCCAACCACCCCAAACCCUCAAAAGAAAAAGACACCCAACCCCCCAAACAAAAACGCAACAACAAACCCUACACCUUCGAGCAAGAAGCCUUUGUCGUCUACCACCGCAUCGACCUCGACCUGCCGUGGGAACGCGUCCGCCAAGCGUACAUGGCCCGCUGGCCUGAUAUCGCACGCAGUGUGGGGGGGUUGGAAUGUGCUUAUUACCGGGCUAAUGGGAGGGUUCCGGAUGUUAUUUCCACAGGCGGUGAUUCAACGGGGGAGUUGGUUUUGGUUGAGGGGGGGGAGAGGGAGGUGGAUUUGGGGGGGUGUGAGGUUAGGGGUGGUAGUGGAUCAGACGAAGAGGACGAUCGUGAAGAGGGAGAGGGAGGGGAAGAAGAAGAGGGGAAGGAGGUGUACAAGGUGUACAAGGGUGUGGCGUACCGCACACGCGGGGUCAAGUGUCGCAAGGCGCGGAUUUCGCUGCUGGAGCGGUUCCCGGAGGAGUUGGUGGAUGAGAGGAAUGAGUGGGUAAGGGCUGAGCAUCGGGUUGUUGCGCGGGAUGCUGCGGAAAAACGGCGUCGACAGAGAGAAGAGUGGCUAGCUGUAUGCUCGAUGCGCUCGUAG